AUGGCUUCCGUUUCACCUACCUCGCUAUCAAACGUUCGUGAAGCAACAAGCUUUAUUUUUGGAGGACACAUUGGGCCACAAACCAAAAACUCUUUGGAAAAACAAGUACGGCAAAUUGUUGACGGAGAUAAUGGAAAAUGGAUACUAGAAACCUUGGCCGGUUUGCCACGGUACUGGCAAGCCUUGACACAAGAGAUCCCUGAGUUGGCCAGUACAAUGGACGGUGCUCGUCUGCUGGCUGAUCUCGAGUCUUGGUUCCGACAUGGUGCCGAUUCCGUUGUGACGCUAGCUCCGGACACCGAAAUACCAGACCUUUGGAUCGGGGUUCUAAUGGUCUCGAUUCAGCUGGAUCAGUACUGGCGCUAUCUACAGUUUCGAUUCAACAGUCUGACUGUAAUAGAUGCAAAGGACCUGCAAGCACUCCUACUUAAGAAACAACAGGAGCAACCGCCUGGUGGAAGCAAUAAAGUUGAGACGGUGGGCUUCUGCGCUGGAAUGAUCGCUGCCGUCGCCGUCGCAAGCUCCCACAAUCGACAAGAAUUCGAAAAGUACGGUGCCACGGCACUGCGCAUCGGGGCGCUGAUGGCAGCCCUCGUUGGAGCCACUGAAGCAUCAACAAAGGGCCUUGGCAAAGGCGGCUCCGUCUCUUUGGCUACAGCGUGGAGAACUCCAAAACAGAGCCAGGAUAUGGUUCGCAUCGUCUCCAAGUUGUCACCUGAUGCUUACAUCUCUGUCCUCUUCGACGAAUCUCGAGCCACCGUGACAGCUUCGGAGCGCCUUGUGCCCAAAUUGGUCAGACAGCUUCGGGCAGCGGGCAUCACUGCCAUACCGCUCGCCUUCAAAGGUCAACUCCAUACACCAACGGCAGAGCGGCAGCGUCAGACUGAAGCCUUGAUCAAAGUGUGCCACUCUUUGCCUGAGCUGCAGUUCCCGGAUGCUGCCAAACUGGCAUUGCCCACUUACCUCGAUCACCCCGAGGGGAAGCAGAUCUCAGGUGAAGAAGUCGACUUGGUUGGUAUGGUGUUGCGCUCCAUCCUGGCCCAUCAGUUAAACUGGACCAGUACCGUGUCGAAACUUGUAACCAACAAGGAAGAUAUCUCACUCAUUGCUUUUGGACUCGAUCGUCCUCUACCACCCACCAUUCUGCGCGCAUUCGGUUCAAAACAAGUACACUUUGAGGAUGUCGAAGAUGAAAUAAACAAAUUUAGGGUACCAUUGCGCCAACAGCCACAAAGCAAUGACAAUAACACGGUAAAUGGCCCAGGCGUCGUCGAGCUAGCUCAAGCCACGCAACAGAGCGCACCUAGCGUCAAGCCCGAAGAGGAUUCCGAAGAUGUUAUUGCCAUCGUGGGCAUGUCUCUCAAGGUUGCGGGUGGUCAAGAUUUAGAAGAGUUUGAGCAGAUGCUCAAGACCGGAGAGUCGCAGCAUGAGGUCAUUACGCGUGAACGCAUGACAUCCGACAUGUUGUUCCGCGACAAUCCCGACCCUGACAGAAAGUGGUAUGGCAAUUUCAUGCGCGACGCGGAUGCUUUCGAUCACAAAUUCUUCAAGAAGAGUCCACGUGAGGCGAUGGCGAUAGACCCGCAAGGCCGACUUUCGCUGGAAGCGGCGUAUAAUUCUAUCGCACAGUCCGGAUAUUUCAACGAGCUGGCCACCACCAGCACAGCCGAACACGAAAGAAGAAAGCACGUAGGUGUUUACGUUGGCCUCUGCUCCUAUGAGUACGACGUCAACAUCCAUUGCCACCCAACCAGCGCCUUCACAGGAACGGGAGAGCUGAGGAGCUUCAUCCCUGGCAGGGUAUCGCAUUACUUCGGAUGGACAGGUCCAUCUUUGACAUUCGAUACCGCAUGCUCAUCUUCUACGACCGCUCUUCACAUGGCUUGUAGAGAUCUGCUGUCUGGUGAAGUCCCGGCAGCGCUUUGCGGUGGUGUCAAUGUCUUGACUAACCUGCAGUGGACACAAAACCUCGCCGCUGGCAGCUUCAUCAGUCCGACAGGUCAAUGUAAACCAUUCGACUCCAAUGCAGACGGCUACUGUCGCGGCGACGGAAUCGCCUAUGUCUUCCUGAAAAAGCUUUCAACUGCCGUGGCCGAUGGCAACACAAUCCUCGGAACCGUUCGCGCUACUGGUAUCAAUCAGAAUCUAAACACCACGCCACUGUUUGUACCCAACGUACCUUCGUUAUCGACACUCUUCAAUGAUGUGAUCCGCAAAGCUCGCGUAGAUCCGCGGGAUAUUUCGUUGGUCGAGUGUCAUGGCACUGGUACACCCGUCGGAGACCCUGCAGAAUGGCAAAGUAUUCGUAAUGCUGUAGCAGGUCCUCUGCGCAACACUGUACUGCCCAUUGGCUCGAUCAAGGGUCAUGUUGGUCAUACGGAGGGUGCUUCCGGCAUUGUCUCUCUCAUCAAGGUUCUCAUGAUGAUGCGAGGCAAUUACAUUCCUCCCCAGGCUAGCUUCAAAAGUAUGAAUCCCAAUAUUCAUGCGCAGUCGUCAGACAACAUGGAGGUUGUCACAUCAUUACGGUCCUGGCCGGGAGACCGAAAGGUCGCUUUGCUAAACAACUAUGGUGCCUGUGGAUCCAACUCAAGCGUGGUAGUUGCUCACUCGGCUCAUAAGUCUGCCAAACCCUUCUUGCCCGGAUCAUUGCCUAAAUUACCCUUUUGGAUCUCAGGCCUCGAUGUCCGCAGCAUUGCGGCUUAUAGCGCCGCGCUGGCCCCCUAUAUCCGCUCUCACACUGCAUCUGAAGAUGGGCGAGCUACCUUGGCCGAUUUGUCGUUCAACAUGAAGUGGCAAUCAAACCCCGGCCUUCCACAGGGGCUGGCCUUUAGCUGCAGUUCCUUGGGAGAGCUACAAGACAAACUUGCCAAGGCAGCCGCGGCUACUAAAGACACAGCCUACAGCGUUGGCAUUUUACCUGUAAAGCCUGAGCGCCCUGUCGUUCUUUGCUUCGGUGGUCAGGUUUCGACAUUUGUCGGACUCGACCGCGCGAUAUACGAUGGUGCAGCGGUCUUGCGGCAUCACCUGGAUGAAUGCGAUGCUGCCAUCACAUCCCAUGGCCUAGACAGUAUCUACCCUGGUAUCUUCUCUUGCGAGCCGUAUCAGGAUGUAGUCAAGCUCCAAACAGCGCUCUUUGCCAUGCAGUACGCCUCGGCCAAGAGCUGGAUAGACUGUGGACUCUCCGGCAAGGUAGUGUCCCUCGUGGGCCAUAGUUUUGGCGAGAUAACAGCACUCUGUGUAGCCGGUGUGCUGAGUCUGGACGAUACAGUCAAGGUGAUUGCUGGUCGGGCUAAACUUGUACAAAGCUCUUGGGGACCCGAUCCAGGCGCCAUGAUGGCGAUCGAGGCUGAUGAAGCUCUUGUGCAUCAGCUCCUUAAGAAAUCAAACCUUGAAUCUGACGGAUCCGCUGCUAUCGCCUGUUACAAUGGACCACGUAGCUUCACCGUUGCCGGAUCGACAAAAGCUAUCGACGCAUUUGCCGCUACGCUGACUGGGAAAGGCAGCGCGAUUGAGGGCGUGAAGAGCAAGCGCCUCAAUGUCACCAAUGCGUUCCAUUCCGCCUUGGUGGAAAACAUCGUCGACCGCCUUGGAGAGGUCGGUAAAGGAGUCACCUUCCAUGAUGCUGUCAUUCCGAUAGAACGUGCCACAGAGCAUGACGACCCGACAGCCCCAUUGGACUGGACUUUUGUCGGCUCCCAUAUGCGCCAGCCCGUCUUCUUUAACCACGCCGUACAGCGACUCGCAAAGAAGCACCCUCAAGCCAUCUUCCUCGAGGCGGGCUCCAACUCGACCAUUACCGUUAUGGCUUCGCGCGCACUUGCUCAGACGGCGCCAACGCACUCUGAUACGCUCCACUUUCAAUCCAUGUCAAUCACCAACACAAAGAAGGGCAUCGAUAGGCUUACAGAUGCAACUGUAGAUCUCUGGAAACAAGGAUUAAGAGUAUCCUUCUGGCCUCAUCACCGAGUCCAAAAGGACGAGUAUGCUCAGCUCCUCCUGCCGCCGUACCAGUUUGAGAAGUCUAGGCAUUGGCUAGAGCUCAAGUCACCAAUCGACCAGGCGAUCAAGGUUGCCCAGAAGAUGAUGGGAGGCAAUGGACAACUACUAGCGGCGGAACCGACACAGCAGGGACAAGUCGAUCCUAAAAAUCUGGACAUGUGGACUUUCAUCGGCUUCCAGGACCAGAAGAAUGGCAACAACAAGAAGGCUAAGAAGCUGGCUCGGUUCCGCAUCAAUACGCUCUCACACAAGUAUCAGCGCCUGUUUGCUACCCACGUCAUCGCGAAGACGGCACCUAUUGCACCAGCCACACUUGAGAUAGACAUAGCUAUCGAAACUCUCUUCAGCCUGAGUUCUGAAUGGAGAAAAAACGGGUUCUCGCCGGUAGUUCGCGAUAUGCUCAGCCAUUCGCCGAUUUGCGCUGACUCGACGCGAGAAUUCUACAUCGACCUCGAGCCGCUUAACAAGACCGAAACAGAGUGGUACUGGACCAUCCAUAGCGUCGGCGCUUCCCGUGGCGACGAUAAACAUGCCGAGGGCCGCAUAGACAUGUGCUCACCGUCCGACCCGGCUGCACUCAAAGAAUUCGGACGCUGGGAGCGCGUGGUUAGCCACGCCCAGUGCCAAGCCGUUCUGGCGUCGGGCCCAGACGACGAGGGCGUGGAGGCGCUCCAAGGUCGUAACGUCUACCGAGCUUUUGAAGAGGUUGUUGAUUUCGGAUCCGUUUACCACGGUGUUCGAUACGUGGUUGGUCGUGACAACGGUGAAAGUGCCGGUGUCGUGCACAAGCGCCACACAGGCGACACUUGGCUUGAUGUUCCCAAGGCGGACUCUUAUGGCCAAGUUGCGGGCAUGUAUGUCAACCUGCUGACUGACAUUCCCGCAAGCGACAUGUUCGUUGCAACUGGCCUAGAGCUGGUGAUGCGCUCGCCAAAGUCCCAGACUGUAACUGAUGGCCACGAGCAUGGCCCCAGUGUUUGGCAUGUGCUCGCCCGUCACGCGCGCCAAAGCGAGAAGUCUUAUGUGACGGAUGUCUUCAUCUUCGAUGCUUCGACGGGCGCUUUAGCCGAAGUCAUAAUGGGUCUCACAUAUGUUCGCAUUCCCAAGGCGACGAUGAGCAAGAUUUUGGCUCGGGUGACGGUGGACAAGUCCUUUGUGAGAAGCACCGCCGUGCCUCUGCCAUCGUCCACCAAAAGUCUUAUCACCAGUGACAGUUCUAGUGAUCCAAAGUCGGCAGUCGUGCCUGUUGAAACCCAUUCCAAGACAAAGAGGACCAAUAUCAAAAAGGUAAAGUCUGCCAGUGGAUUGCGAGAUGUCGCAAACGAGGUGCGCGAUGUGGUCGCCAACGUCUCCGGCAUCGAAGCCAAUGAGAUUAGCCUUGACAGUGAGAUGGCUGACCUGGGCAUUGAUUCGCUGAUGGGUAUGGAGCUGGCGCGCGAGAUCGAAAGCAGUUUUCAUUGCACACUCGACAGCACAGAGACCAUGGCAGCCACAACCCUUCGCGAGUUCGUUGCCUGUGUGUCGAAUGCUCUGGCAAGGGCUGGAGGUGGUAUUAAUGUGGAACGCGAAGACGACGAAGACGACGAUGAUACGGCAUCCGGGGAUAGUGACUUCGUGUUCGCAGAUUCAUGGGACGAAGACACAACUUCAGAUAUCUCUACUCUGGAUGGUUUCCCGGACUUGGCCACCAAGUAUCAGGAUUCAAUGACUGAUUCACCUUUACCCGCGACGAAGGUACAUGAUGUUGGUGAAGUGGCCGCCCGUGAGGCAGAAGCACUACGCCUAGUGGCAGCCUAUACGACUGGUUGGGGGUCGGCAGAAUUAGAGGCUGCCGCCAACCGUAUUAUCACCACCCGCACCAACUCAGGAUCCGUGAUCGUCGUGACGGGCGCUUCGGGCAGCCUCGGAUCGCAUAUUGUUCAAGUACUUGCCGAGCGGCCAGAUGUUGCAACCGUUGUUUGCAUCAACCGCGUUACAAGUGACAUGCCCGCCGACAAGCGACAGGCAGAGGCAUUCUCUUCAAGAGGCAUUAACCUAUCUCCAGCCGCACGAGAGAAGCUGCGUGUCUAUGGUACCGACACCUCCAAGCCGCAUCUCGGUCUUUCAGACCAAGAAUACGCCUGGCUAGUGCAGUACGGCACACAUAUCAUUCAUAACGCAUGGCCAAUGAGCGCCACGCGUCCACUCAAAGCUUUUGAGCCUCAACUGAAGGUAAUGCGUAACCUGCUCGACCUCGCGCACGGCAUGGCGACAGGGAACCAGCCACGCAGAAUCGGUUUCCAGUUUAUCUCCUCGAUUGGCGUUACUGGCUUUUCGACUGAUUCCAACGUUCUCGAGCAGCCCAUGCCUAUGACCGCGGUGAUGCCCAGCGGAUAUAACGAGGCUAAGUGGGUUUGCGAGCGCAUGCUCACGGAAACGCUGCGCCGUCACCCUCGACUCUUUCGAGCCAUGGUAGCGCGGCCUGGCCAGAUCUCCGGAUCGACUACAACUGGCUUCUGGAACCCAGUCGAGCACUUUGCUUUUGUGGCAAAGAGUGCUCAAGCCGUCAAGGCAUUUCCUGACCUCCAAGGUGUGCUGCAUUGGCUACCUGUGGAUAAAUCGGCCAACGUUAUGGUCGACCUCCUGAAUAUUGAGGGCCGUGACGAUGCAACGGAGGCGUAUCCAGUCUAUCAUGUCGACAACCCCGUCGGCCAGCCGUGGAAGGAAUUAUCACCGGUUCUUGCGGCUGCCCUGGAUAUUCCUCCACUCAACAUUGUUCCGUUCCAAGAAUGGAUUAAGCGAGUUCGUCAAUCCUCUCUCACCCCGGCCGACAACCCUGCGGCCCUGAUACUAGGCUUUCUUGAAGGCCACUUUGAGCGUAUGGCCUGCGGUGGUAUCGUUUUGGACACGCAAAGAUCGAGGGAGCAUUCAAAAACAAUGGCCACGGAAGGGCCGGUGAGUGCCGAGGUGGUGCGCUCCUAUGUGUCGUCUUGGAAAUCAAUGAGUUUUCUUAGUUAG